GGGACAUUUAAUCAAGCGUUUAACUGACAUUCUUCUCUCCGUCGUCUGGUCGCUUAUUUCCGGCACAUAUUUCCACUCGGACCCGCUUAGUUCCAGAUUCAUUUACGAAACGUCAUUGUCGCCCUUUUAUCUCCGUUGUUGCUGUUUUGUCUACGCGUUCUUCUUCCGGUGUUCACGCCCACUGGGCCACGGGAGGAGUAACCGCGCUGUCCAUUUCCCACACAAUUGUCCUGCUGUAAUCCGAGUUGUGAAACGCCUUUACCUGUGAUACACCUGCAUCCAGUCAUGGCCUUUCCCGGAUACGGCGCUGCGCCCGGUGGAGUCGCGGCCAUGCAGCAGGACCCUCUCUACGGGUAUUUCUCAGCUGUAGCUGGACAGGAUGGACAGAUCUCGGCGGAGGAGCUGCAGAGCUGCCUCACGCACUCCGGCAUCUCGGGCACUUACAAGCCCUUCAGCAUGGAGACCUGCAGACUGAUGGUCAGCAUGUUGGAUAGGGACCUCUCCAACAGCAUGGGCUUCCCCGAGUUCAAGGAGCUGUGGCAGGUGCUGAGCGGCUGGAAGACGACCUUCAUGUCCUACGACAGGGACCGCAGCGGGACGGUGGAGGGCCACGAGCUGCAGCACGCCUUCAACGCCAUGGGCUUUAACCUGAGCCCUCAGGCCAUGAACAUCAUCAUGAAGCGCCACAGCUUCGGCGGGAGGGUCGGGUUCGAUGACUUUGUGGGCUGUUGCACAAAGCUCCGUUCCCUGACUGAUCAGUUCAGAAGAAGAGACCAGCAGCAGACGGGCUCGGCCUUGUUUCAGUACGACGACUUCAUCCAGGUCACCAUGAGCAUAUGAAGAGGAACGGACCAAUCAGAAGGGAGACACCGGCCCUUUAAAACCAUCUUAUAAAACAUCAGUCUAAUUUCAUUCUGUUUUUUCUUACUGCUUAUUGAUUUUUGUAAAACAUUCCAUUUUUCUUUUUUAAUACAACGUGUUAUGUACCAAACUAAUACGGCUAUAAUCUGCUCUGUUCCAACGAUGAACCACAGGCAACCAAAGAGCUGCAUGUAUGAAAGUAACAAAUAAAACAUUUAAAACUAA